ACAGUCCCUCGAUCAGUCGUACGUCGGAUUCUUCGACAGCCUCUUCGCACCGGAUUUUCGGUUCCCGAAUUUCCGUCCCCUCCAUUUCGUAAGAUUCGUCGGAGGUGGCUCGAGCAACGAGCUCCGACAGAAAAUCUGCUCUCGUAACGUCGCGAAUUUUCUCACGAAAGGAACGAACGCGCUCAUCCGGUUUCAAGUACGCGAUACUUCUCACUAUUUCUUGUCGAGCUUCGUCGUCUUCGAUCAUCCGAAGUUAAACUUUGUUAGGUAUUUCAACGAGGAAGAAGCGACGAGGUUCGUAGACGAUCUCAAUAACCUCGGUAACAUGAUGGGCCAGUUCACAAGACGUCAGUGGCUCACCCUGAUCGUCAUAAGUAUUGCUGACUUUGCAAACGCUGUUUGUGUCUCGCUACAGGCCCCUUUUUAUCCACAAGAGGCUGAAAAAAAGGGAGCUUCGCCAUCGGAGUAUGGUCUCGUAUUUGGCAUCUUCGAACUCGUCGUUUUCAUUAUUAGUCCUAUCUAUGGCCAACGCUUGCACAGGAUCGGACCAAAACUCCUUUUCAACGGUGGCAUUCUGACCACUGGUACAUGCGCCAUAUUCUUCGGUCUUCUCGACAAGGUUGACGGUCACUAUCCUUUCAUAAUACUCUCCUUCGUGAUAAGAAUAGUCGAAGCUUUGGGAAACGCAGCGUUCCUUACCGCCAGCUUUGCUAUCAUCGCCAAAGAGUUUCCCGACAAUGUUGCCACCACUUUUGCCAGUCUCGAGACAUUUUUUGGUCUUGGACUCAUCGUUGGCCCUACGGUCGGAGGCGCCCUGUACCAGAUCGGCGGAUAUGUUACUCCGUUUGCCGUUCUCGGAUCCGCCCUCUUCUUGGCUGCUGUAAUGACCGCAUUCGUUCUCCCGAUCCACGAGAACAAUGAAAUGGACCCCCACAAUACAGGUGGUUUCAUGCGAGUUCUGAAAAUCCCCGGAGUCAUGUUGGCGACCGCGUCGAUCAUUGCAACGUCUAUGAGCAUCGGUUUUCUUCAAGCGACUCUUGAGCCUCAUCUCAGACAAUUCGACCUGAGCCCAGUCGUUCUCGGUCUCAUGUUUGUUAUAAACGGUGGCACUUACGCCGUCACUGCACCCGUCUGGGGAUGGUUCUGCGACAAGCGUAUCAAGCCAAAGAUCGCCACCGUGGCUGGAUGCAUUUUGGUGAUGAUCGGUUUCUCUCUUGUUGGACCAGCACCGUUCAUACCUUCGAACACCUUAAUAUGGCUGACGAUAUGUGGUCUGUUGAUUCACGGAUUAGGAAUGGCUGCACAGCUCGUCGCCAGUUUCACCGACGCUCUCAAUACAGCCAUAUCGUACGGUUUCCCAAACAAUCUCGAAACCUAUGGACUGAUCAGUGGCCUCUGGACAAGUGCUUUUGCUCUGGGUGCUUUCAUCGGACCGAGUGUAGCAGGGAUGCUGAUGGAGGGCAUCGGUUUCCGUCACGCCUCCAUGUUCAUCGUUCUCCUCCAUUUUCUCGUGGGUCUCGCUGCCGUGGUAUACCUGAGCUGUUGCGACCGGGGACCGAAGCCAUACACGGAAAUAGGUGCGAGCGAAGAUUUGAGAGUUUCGUUAACCGACAGCGGAAGAUCGCGAAGCAUGGGCCAAUCGCUUCGCGAGCAUCACAGUCGUCAAGGCGUACCGAUUGACAGGCCGAACGGCAUGAAUUCGCUGAUAGCUUGCAACAGUUAUUCGAACCGAGCGGGCGCAUGGUCCCGAGCUUCGUACAGCGGGCGAUACACUCACAGUUACGGUUCGCUCGAGGCCAACAGAUUUCUAGAACGAACGACCUGAUGAAGGAAACACCAUUUCAAUCGGUUCUAGAUACCGAUACAAGCACAACGGAUGAUAAAUCUCAGUACGAGGAGGAAGAUCGCCCAAUGGUUAAAAGAAAUAUAAAAAACGACGCAUGAACCGACGAAUCGUUUACGCGGUCUAGCAGCAUCCUGACAGUCGUGAAAAAGGAUUACGAUUCAUUUUUAUUUCGAUCGAUUCUCUUUCUCGAACAUUUUUCCACGGCUAUCAUCCCAAAGAAUAAUAUAUUUAGUGUAUUCCUAAAUUAUACGUAUCCCUCAAUCGUCACGUAUCCGCUCAUACGCUCAACCAUGCACGAAUGGACAUUGUGCGUUUGACUUCGAAAUCAACAGGGCUGCCACCCUCCUUUUCUUUCUCUUUUAUCCGUAUUUCUUAAAAAGAAAUUCAUAAUAAACCUGCUCAAGGAGGAUUGCGAGUACGCGCGAUUCUCUCAUUUUUAUCGAGCUUCGUCUGUUCUCUAGUUUUUCAACACUUUUUUAUUCUGCACACUUAUUGUUUGUAAUUACACGGUGUGCGAUGCAAAGGACAUCGUGACAGCCUGAUCGAUUUAAUUUCAGAUGCCCUAUCCGUUUGAAUAUUAUAAAUCCAUAAUCGAAAAAGUGGAACAAUUUUUGUACAUAUACGCUGGCUCAGUUGGUCAAAAUUGCACUUUUAAUGGAUCUAUUAAAAGAUAGUUUCGUUUCCUCGUUUAA